CCCGCAGGCGCUCACUCUCACUCCAUCAGCGCGCCCGUUUGACGCGCAGCAGCGCCUCCCCAAACGCUCCGUCACUUUGACCAAGUCCUGGAUUACACCGAGCGGUUCCCUCUCACCCCCACCCCUGCCGAAUGGCUCCUUUUUUCCUUUUACGCGCAGAUGCGACCGUGAAUAUUUGACAAGUUGCGGCUGACUCCCCGGGAGGAAGAAUCCUGCACAAUGGGACUGAGGUCGUGUGGUACUUUGUCUUUUUUGUUUGCCCUGCUCCUGCACGCCUUCCACACCAAGUUUGAGGUUCAAGCGGGAAUAAGUUCUGCAGCGGGGGGGAGGUUUUACCAGCUGGAGUCCUCGAAUGUCUCGUUCCAAGUUUUGGACGAUAACUCCGAGCAAAAGUGGGGUGAAAAAACACGAUUCGAUGCACUGAAAACCGAACGAAACAGGGGAAACGUAUUUUCGGAGACGAAACAUGUUCGUAAAAGGAGCGUCCAAGUUGGUUCCAGCUACAGAACUGAAUACCGACGCGCGAACGAGGAAGUCAAAGGUUCCUACCCGAGGCAAAGUGAUCCGCACCUGGACACAUCCACCUUUGCUCUGUCGGGAGAUUCUGCACACAACCAGGCGAUGGUACACUGGUCCGGACAUAACAGCAGUGUGAUCCUCAUCCUGACCAAGCUGUACGACUUCAACCUGGGCGCUGUUACAGAGAGCUCUCUGUGGAGGUCAAGUGACUAUGGAAGCACCUACACUAAACUCAAUGACAAAGUGGGCUCGAGGACCGUGCUGAGCUACCUUUAUGUCUGCCCCACCAACAAACGGAAGAUAAUGAUGCUGAGCGACCCUGAGGUGGAGAGCGCCGUUCUGAUCAGCUCGGACGAGGGGGCGAGCUUCGAGAAGCAUCCCAUUAGCUUCAAUGUUCUCAGCCUUCUCUUCCACCCGGCGCACGAGAACUGGAUCCUGGCCUACAGCCACGACAGCAAGCUCUACAGCUCCAUGGACUUUGGAAAGAAGUGGCAGCUCGUGCACGACAACGUGAUGCUUGGAAGGUUCUACUGGGCCGUAAUGGGGCUGGACAGAGAGUCAGACGUGGUCCACAUCGAAACGCGGGUCGCCAAAGGCCGUGCUCAGUACGUGAAGUGCCGAGCCCAGCGGUGCACGGAAGCCAACCGUCAGUACCUCUUCCCAGGAUACGUGGACACCAACUCGUUGGUUGUGCAGGAUGAAUACGUUUUCACUCAGGUAACCAAGUCAGGACGAGCCAGCUACUUUGCGUCCUACAUGAGAGAACCAUUCAAACGAAUGCAGUUACCCAGAUAUUGUCUGCCCAAGGACAUGCAUAUCAUCAGCACAGAUGAGAAGCAGGUGUUUGCAGCGGUUCAGGAGUGGAACCAGAACCACACGUACAGCCUGUACAUCUCAGACUCGCCCGGUGUCUACUUUACCCUCUCGCUGGAAGAUUUGAGGACCACCAGGGGACCCACUGGGAACCUGCUGGUCGACUUUUACAAGGUGGAAGGGAUAAACGGCAUGUAUCUAGCCAACAAGUUGGUGGAUCACCGCGUCAAGACGUUCAUCACGUACAACAAGGGACAAACAUGGGCCCUGCUGCCGGCACCCGCCACUGACGUGGCCGGGAAUAACAUCCACUGCGUGAUGCCUUUUUGUUCACUGCAUCUUCAUCUGGAGAUGUCUGAAAAUCCUUACACCUCUGGACCCAUCACCAGCAAAAAAACAGUACCAGGGAUCAUCGUGGCAACAGGGAAUAUUGGAACGGAAUUGUCCUCUGCCAACCUUGGCAUGUUCAUAACGUCGGAUGCAGGAAAUAGCUGGCGACAGAUUUUUGACGAAGAGCACAACAUUUGGUUCUUGGACAAUGGAGGAGCUUUGCUGGCCGUUCUGCAUGCGCCCACGCCAAUUCGACACUUGUGGAUCAGUCUGGACGAAGGCAAGAAGUGGGACCGUCACACUUUCUCCCUGGCGCCUCUCUACGUGGACGGAGUCCUGAUGGAGUCUGAAUCGGACAAUCACAUUAUCACCUUCUUUGGACACUUCAGCCAUCGCUCCGAGUGGCAGCUGAUGAAGAUUGACUACAAGGGCCUAUUCACUCAGAGAUGCAUGGAUGGAGACUAUCAGACAUGGUCCCUGCACAACAAGGGUGAACUGUGCGUGAUGGGUGAGAAGCAAAUUUUUAUGAAACGCCGCCCUGGAAACCGUUGCAUGCUGUCCCAGGACUAUUCUAGGAUCUAUUCUUCUGAGCCUUGCCAGUGCACUGCCUACGACUUUGAAUGCGACUACGGCUGGGAACGCCGCACCGAUGGGAAGUGUUCCCCCGCUUUUUGGUUCGAUCCAAACGCCGUGGCCAAAAGUUGUAGCGCGGGACAGAGCUUCCUCAACAGCACUGGUUAUCGCAAGGUACUGUCCAAUAACUGCAAAGAAGUUGGGAGGAACGUGUAUUCACCAAAACGCCUGGGCUGUCGGCCCCGACCGCCCCGAGGCCUCCGUUUGAGCACCGGCAGCGGUGAGCUGAGCGCCCACGUCGGAAGCAACGUGUCGUUUGUGGUGCACCUCCAGGACGGAGACGCACUGAGGACCAGCGUCCAGCUCGACUUCGGCGACGGCAUCCGGAUCACGUACGCCAACCUGAGCCGGGCCGACGAUGGCAUUCAGCACAUCUAUCGAGAGACGGGGAUUUACCGUGUGACAGCAGUGGCCGAGAACAACCAAGGAUCUGACAGCUGUGUGCUAUACCUGCACAUCACCAGUCCAGUGGAGCGAGUGUACCUUUCCGCUCCUCUGGUGGCCGUCAGGGGGAAAGAGAGCAACCUGACGGCGGUGGUUUGGCCCAAUCACAUCAGGACCCUUACAUUUUUCUGGUGGAUUGCCAACAGCUCCGAGCCCAUUAUAACAUUGGAUGGAAGUAUCUCGUUCACUUUUCAGAAGGAAGGAACAAAUAAGGUCACGGUCCAGGUGGCUUCUGGAAGCACAGUGAUGCAGGAUUCCAGGGAUAUAACAGUUAAAGAGUUUUUCAGGUCGCUGCAGCUGUCCUUUUCACCGACACUUGACGAGCACAAUCCCGACAUCCCCGAGUGGCGGGAGGACAUAGGCCGCGUGGUGCAGACGGCCCUGUCACAGGUUUCCGGUGUUGCUGCCAAUCAGCUGAUGGUGUCUUUGUACCCUGGCCUUCCAACCACAGCGGAGCUCUUCAUUCUGCCAAAUGUGCUCACACCAAAUGAGCACAAGAGGCAAACACAGGAAGAACUGCAGAUGAUAUCUGAUGUUUUCGUCAACCUCCUCAACCAAGGCCUGGUCAACUUUGAGCUAAAAGUUGACACUCGCAUCAGUGUCUUCAUCACUCAGCAAACUCUCGCACCACUGGUGGAUUCCAGUACCCUCUACAGUGGCUCGGCCAUGCUGGUGCUGAUCUCUGUCGUCUUUGUCGGCUUAGCGGCAUUUUUCAUCUACAAGUUCAAAAGGAAAAUCCCUUGGAUCCACGUGGAGACCGAGGACAGUCGUGAAAAGGAACCCGAAGUGAUCAGCACGGUCAGUCAGAACGACAACAUGUCUAAAGUCAACCUCGCUGACUUUCCGUCGGGGAAGGAAUUCCUGGAAAAGGAGCUGGAGUCCAGGAAAAGAGGAUCAAUGGGGAGGAAUAUGGAGCGAAUUGUAACAAGGGAGUAUCCAAACUGUACAAACGUCUAAAGACACGCACACUGUUACCCAGUAAGUACACAAUGUUGUGUUUCAAUUGUGCUGCAAUUGUUGGCUUUGUCGGCUUAUCUUUUUAAUAAUAGUUCUUUCAUGCUGAUCGUCGCUAUCGUUACCAGUCAUGUUUUCACACUCUUAUCAAAUACAUUUAGGUAUCUACUUUACAGAAUUUAGUGAUAAGGAUUCACACCGUAUUUAAGCUAAACUAAGCUGUAGGAAGUUUUUCCGGGAAACAGGUAUUUAAUAGGAAAUUGUUCAAACUUCUAGUUAAAGUUGUAUAUAAAAUAGAGUGAAUUAAAGUUGUUGUUGUUUUUUUAAUCAUUGGCAGCCAUUGACAGCGAAAGACAUCUAAUCUAUUUGAACCUGAGUGGCGGGCAGCGAUCGAACAUUGAUUAGACAUAUGUGGAAAUUAAGGGGGGACCAGGGGAGCAUAGCACCCACCCCCGGUGGCCGAAAAUGUCACUGCAUGUAAUUGACUUUCCAAUAUAUGAAUUUAAAAGACAUUGCCGGUAAGAUUAUGUCCAUAAAAGUUGUAAAGCAAUAAAACAAACAACAAAAAUGAAUGAAAUGAACAGAAAAAUAAUAAUAUCGGUUAAAAUUAAUUAUUGAACAGAUCGUUUGACUAGCACCUUAAAGACGGUCAUUUACUUUACUUAGCCAAAACCACCUGAGGACAGAAGAAACAAGAUGGGUAUACGUAAUUAGCUAGCAUAAUUAGCAUAAUUUAAUUCGCUUAAUUUAGCAUAACUAGUUAGCAUAAGCUUUCAAAAGCGACAAUAACUACUGAGCGAGAACCAGGAUUGAAGAUGUGGACCAUGAAACACCGGAGAGCACCACCAAAAUGGUGCGCAGAGUUUCAGUCUGUCCCACUAAAGACGCUAAUCGUACAACAGAGCCACAACUGGGCAUACCAUAUAAAAUGGACGACGUCCUUGGCCAAAAGCAUAGCUGCCUUAAGCAGCCUGAUUUCGAAUUCGCCUAAAAAAUAAUGGGAAACAAGAAAAAAAAAAAACGCUCAUUUUCAAUGUAUGAUUAUAAAUAUUCCUAGCUGGAAUAUUCAAUCAAAAAAGAUGCCAUCUCCUGUUUUGCCUGCAACCAUUUUUAAACUCACCACUGUGAGGAUUCGUUUCGCAAGGGUAUGAGUGACUGGAAAAACUUGGCGUAAAAUUGGAUAUCUCCACGAAACGCAAAAAUCGGCAUCAACUUCUCCACAGAAAAAUGCGCUCGUUCACACAUGCACUUUUUUUUCAGUGGUGAGUCAUCUAAUUAAUUACUUUUCUCAUCUUGGCAACGCCGUUACCGUUACUGAGGAUGGAAAGGUGUGCAUUACUAUGCGUCUGAGGGAGACGGACUCACCGAGACGAUAGAGCAGAGCAGGAGUGGGGAGGAGGCAAAAAAGUUGUGACGCCGAGCAAAUGCGACGCUAGGUGGCUCCAAUAAUACCUGACUGUAGCCGAUAGCCUACAAACUACGCCCACAUGAUAUGGUAAAUAUGAUAGACAGGGUAGAUAUCACAUAUAUAUAUAUAUAUAUAUAUAUAUGACUAGAUGCGAAAUGACAGACACGGGGGCGUUAGCAACAUGUACAGUAUAGGAACUAGAUGCGUUAGUAAACAGCCGCCAUCUUAAAGCAGUAGACUUCUUAGGAAGGCUCUGUUGUAGAGAACCUUCCUAGUGAACCUAAGUAACUUUUUAUCUAAAAUACUUCUAAAUCGGCAAAAUCAUGACUUGAAUCUAUCGUUAAAUGAUGAAACAGUAUUAAAACUUCCACAUGUCAAAAGUAGACAGAAGGGAACUAACGCAAUAAUGGGAGCAAUUUUAACAACUUUUAACGGUUGAUUCAAGGUAAACGGUAAAUUAGGGUAAAGAAUUGGGCUAGGGCCAAUUGUCCCAAAAACCUUUUACAAACACAUACUGUGACCUAAGUUGUUGUUUUGUUUUUUUUUUGUUUGUUUGUUUUUUUGGGGGAGGGGGACAUGAAAAUUAUCGCCAGUUACUUUCCCAAGUAACAAAUUACUCUUACAUACAGGUAACUGAGUUACUAACGCAAUUACUUUUUGGGAGAAGUAAUUUGUAACUAUAAUUAAUUGCUUUUUUAAAGUAAUAAUACUGCACACACAUAGCUGGGAUGCCUGUAUUCACAAGCAUGGGCUGAGCUACUAACUGAGCAUAUAUCUUGGAGGUUAAUUUUAUUGCUGACACUGCAUUUCGGGGUCAUCAACAUGCCCCGCCACAAAAGUCAAAGUCUGCCUGUAGGAUUAGACGUCUAUUGCCCGUCAAUGGCAGUGCACAGGUGAGCAAAUAUGACUAAUGAUGGCUUUUUGUACUAAAUCCUACCAAAAUCCCAUGUGAGUAAAUUGUCAAAGGGUGCCGAAUAAACACGAUUAGCUGGUUGCAGCACAGUUUGAAUAGCGAGUUAUGCCGUCAACAUUUUGUAUCUGGACAUGUGUACAUAGAAGAAAGUGAGGAAAUGUAAAUCUAUAAAGCUUCAUUUGAUCUCAUUGUGAACUUCUGAAAAAUGUUUCCAUGUCUAAUAAUGUCUCACUAUGAAUUACUGUCAGCAUUUUUACACUAGCAUGCCCUAAUUAACUGUUAAAAAAGAAA